CAAAAAUAUAUUCUAUUCUAUUGUUUCAAAGAUAUCAUAAUUAGAUAUAAGGAAAGUGUCGAAUAUUCAGUGAUGUGGAAUGUCGAAAAUAUUAAACAGUAUCUACGUUUGACUUCGAAAUAAAAAGAGGAUGACCACAAUGACGUCUUUGGUACCGCUGGAAAAAAUGCAAAGUUUUAAAUGUGCACUUUGCGACUACUUCCUGACAAUACCUCCAAUCAUGUGUCUAGGUAAAGACGCGAACAAAUAUAAAUGUGGAAGAUGCGUACACAUUCCAUCAGAAGCGUCCAUAAGAAAUAUCCUUUUCGAGAAAUUAGCCGAACAAUCUACUUUUCCCUGUACUUUUCCAGUCUGCGAAGAAGUUUUAACUUGGGGAACAGUCGAGGAACACGAAAAAGUGUGUCAACACAAACUAUUGAAAUGCCCUGUAUCUUGGAGCUGCACGGAAGUCGUUAGCGUACUAGAUUUAGCUAAACAUUGUCUCAAGUUCCACAAAAAAAAUGUCGGCGUCGAUCAAAUAACUAGUACCAUUCAAGAAACUUUAGAUAAGAAGAGAAUCACUGUAAUGUUACUUCUGGUACAGGAUAUACCGUUUUUAUUAUUCAAAGUAGUGACUUCGGAUAAUAUUUGGAUCAAAGUUUUUUCAUUACGACCGUGCGAAAAUUUUAAAUACGAAAUUAUCGCCAGUAGCGAUACCAACGAAUGCUGUUUGUCUUUCAAGAAUCCCGUAGAGGUGUAUGUAGAAAACAAACAUUGUAAAAAAUGCACUUUGAAUGAAUGCGACAAUAAACUUCACAAAAAAUACAAGAAAAAAAUCGACGAGGCUCUAGCAGAUAAUGGUUUUCAUAAAAUUACUAGAGAUAUAGUAAAAGAAUUGAACAUUAAGGAAUUAAAAUGUAGAGUUAUCUUAGAAACAAUAAAUUAGAUAAAAUAACUCCACGUAGUUCAUUUUAGUUAUUAAUUUUUCGUUCCUAAUAAUUCACUUCAACCACAAUGUCAAUCCUAUUCCGAAUUUUCAUAUCAUCGGGGGUAAUUGAUGCAGAAUUUAUUAUACGUUUCAAGUGCCUCCAAAAAUUUAUCAAAGUUAUAUAUGGGGAUGUGAAUUCUCCCUGGAGUAUAGUCCCCCUUUCCCAUCCAUCAUAUUUAAAGCUAAUUGAACAUGCUCCACACUUUAAUAUGUAAAGCAAUAUUUUCAAGAGAUCCGUAUACAAGAUUCUU